CCGCGCCUCCCCGCCCGCCCCUCCUCCCGCCCGCGCCGCGCCGCUCGCCGCCGCAGCCCCCGGACCCGGAGGAUUAUGAGCGAGCCAUGAGGCGGCUGCGGGGCUGGGCGAUCGCGGCGCUGCUGCUGCUGCCGCUGCUCCCCCUGCCCGGUCUGGGGACCCGGGGUCCUGCCGGAGCUCUGCGCUGGCGGCUCUCUCCCCAGCUGGGGGGCCCGGAAGCCCCGGAGGUCACAGAGCCCAGCCGUCUGGUGGGGGGGAGCUCCGGGGGAGAGGUCCCAAAGCAGCAGUUGGACACCAGGGUCCGUCAGGAGCCUCCGGGAGGCCCGCCUGUCCACCUGGCCCAGGUGAGCUUUGUUAUCCCAGCCUUCAACUCGAACUUCACGCUGGACCUGGAGUUGAACCAUCACCUUCUUUCCUCACAAUACGUGGAGCGCCACUUCAGCCGGGAGGGGACAACCCAGCACAGCACCGGGGCUGGCGACCACUGCUACUACCAGGGGAAGCUCCGAGGGAACCCCCACUCCUUCGCGGCCCUGUCCACCUGCCAGGGGCUGCAUGGGGUCUUCUCUGACGGGAACUUCACCUACAUCGUGGAGCCCCGAGAGAUGGCUGGGCCUCGGGAACCUCCCCAGGGACCCCUUCCCCACCUCAUUUACCGGACCCCUCUCCUCCCAGCUCCCCUCGGAUGCAGGGAACCAGGCUGCCUGUUUGCUGCCCCUGCCCACUCUGCUCCUCCCAACCGGCCGAGGCUGAGAAGGAAAAGGCAGGUCCGUCGGGGGCACCCUACAGUGCACAGUGAGACCAAGUAUGUGGAGCUGAUCGUGAUCAACGACCACCAGCUGUUUGAGCAGAUGCGACAGUCGGUGGUCCUCACCAGCAACUUUGCCAAGUCCGUGGUGAACCUGGCAGACGUGAUGUACAAAGAGCAGCUCAACACCCGCAUCGUGCUGGUUGCCAUGGAAACGUGGGCAGAUGGGGACAAGAUCCAGGUACAGGACGACCUCCUGGAGACCCUGGCCCGGCUCAUGGUCUACCGGCGGGAGGGCCUGCCUGAGCCCAGUGAUGCCACCCACCUCUUCUCGGGCAGGACUUUCCAGAGCACCAGCAGCGGGGCUGCCUACGUGGGGGGCAUCUGCUCACUGUCCAGGGGUGGGGGUGUGAACGAGUAUGACAACAUGGGGGCCAUGGCGGUGACACUGGCCCAGACGCUGGGGCAGAACCUGGGCAUGAUGUGGAAUAAACACCGGAGCUCAGCAGGGGACUGCAAAUGUCCGGACAACUGGCUGGGUUGCAUCAUGGAGGACACUGGGUUCUACCUGCCCCGCAAGUUCUCGCGCUGCAGCAUCGACGAGUACAACCAGUUUCUGCAAGAGGGCGGCGGGAGCUGCCUCUUCAACAAGCCUCUCAAGCUCCUGGACCCGCCUGAGUGUGGGAACGGCUUCGUGGAGGCGGGGGAGGAGUGCGACUGCGGCUCGGUGCAGGAGUGCAGCCGCUCGGGCGGGAACUGUUGCAAGAAAUGCACCCUGACUCACGACGCCAUGUGCAGCGACGGGCUCUGCUGUCGCCGCUGCAAGUACGAGCCGCGGGGUGUGUCUUGUCGAGAGGCCGUGAACGAGUGCGACAUCGCGGAGACCUGCACCGGAGACUCGAGCCAGUGUCCCCCUAACCUCCACAAGCUGGAUGGCUACUACUGUGACCAUGAACAGGGCCGCUGCUAUGGAGGUCGCUGCAAAACCCGGGACCGGCAAUGCCAGGCCCUUUGGGGCCAUGCGGCUGCUGAUCGCUUCUGCUACGAGAAACUGAAUGUGGAGGGGACAGAGCGUGGGAACUGUGGCCGUAAGGGGUCAGGCUGGGUCCAGUGCAAUAAACAGGACGUGCUCUGUGGCUUCCUCCUCUGUGUCAACAUCUCUGGAGCUCCUCGCCUGGGGGACCUAGGGGGAGACAUCAGCAGUGUCACUUUCUACCACCAGGGCAAGGAGCUGGACUGCAGGGGUGGCCAUGUGCAGCUGGCUGAUGGCUCAGACCUGAGCUACGUGGAGGACGGCACAGCCUGCGGGCCCAACAUGCUGUGCCUGGACCAUCGCUGCCUGCCAGCCUCUGCCUUCAACUUCAGCACCUGCCCGGGCAGUGGGGACCGUCGGAUCUGCUCCCACCAUGGGGUCUGCAGCAACGAAGGGAAAUGCAUCUGUCAGCCAGACUGGACAGGCAAAGACUGCAGUAUCCACAACCCCCUGCCCACGUCUCCACCCACGGGGGAGACAGAGAGAUAUAAGGGUCCCAGUGGCACCAACAUCAUCAUUGGCUCCAUCGCCGGGGCUGUCCUGGUUGCAGCCAUCGUCCUGGGCGGCACGGGCUGGGGAUUUAAAAACAUCCGCCGGGGAAGGUACGACCCGACCCAGCAGGGGGCAGUGUGACGCCGGCCACGUCAUCCCUCCCGCUGUCCCUGUCUCCUCCAUCUCAUUCGUCACCUCGCAUUCUGUCGAUGGGGAGCUGGGGCUGAUUCCCCCACCCUUGCUGUCACCGCUGUCACUACAGGGGUGGGAGAACCGCGCUCCGGGAAGAGAGUCCUCAACUCGCCCCCUGCCCCCUCCCCCCUCUCAGGCCUUGGUCCUUGAACUCCUGCCCUUCCUACGGCCAGAGCACUGCUGGCUGCGAGGACCCUGGAGCUGUGCCCCUGCCCCCCGCAGCCCCGGUCCCCCGGGAAGGGAACCUACCUCUGCGUCCCAUCUGUUUUGUCUUUCAUGUCACCGCUGUCUGACCUCCCGCCAGAUCCCCUCCCUGGCCAGCCUGUGACUUGCCACCUCCAGGGCCCAGCACUGACUUCCAGGGGCCUGGCUCGGGGGGCUAUCCCUCUGAGCCCUGCCUCACACCCUCUCCUGAUGCCCCCUCUCCGUUCCAGGUCCGGAGGGGCCUAAGUGCCACCCCCUCCCUCCGAGCCUGGCGCACCCGCCGUCUCUGCCCUGAACCAGGAGGCUGCCCCCCACCCAGCCACGGAGGGAGGCACCAUGCAAAUGUCUUCCGGGCCCAGCCCUUCAACUCCUGGCCCCACAGGGGUCUGGGGCCGGGUUGUGGCCCUGCCCUCACACCACCAGGGUGGACCAGGCCUGGAGGGCAGUUCCCCCAUGGUCCCCCACCCCACCUCAUGAGGCUUUGGCCUUGUCCACCAAUUCUCCCUGUGUGAAUGUAGCUUCCAUCAUCAUGGAUUGCCACAGCUCAGGUCGGGCAGGGGGAGGGCUAGAGGGGUGCCCCCGUGGGGCAGGCAGCCACCAGUGGAGGUGGCUUGGGAUGACCCCUCCUCAAAACCAGGCACUGGGACCAGGCAGCUGGAGCCCAGGGGGAGGGGGCUGCCAUCUACAUUUUUUUUUUUUUUUUACUGAAGCUCAACUAAUGAAUGUAACUUUGGGGGUGCUGGGGCCAGUUGUGGGGGUGUUUUGACAUUUGCAGGGGGAACUGGAGGAGCUGAGGCCCGGCCAUCCCUCGGGGCUCCCCACCCCACCCCAGGGAUGGUCACACCUGGAAUUUUCUCACCGGAGGAACACAGGCGUCCCCAAGCCAGCAGGGGCCUGGCCUCCCUGCUUGCCCCCUCCGCCCAGCCCUGCUGAGCUUGGAGAGAAGUUGAGUGCUGAUUCAAACCAAAGCUGCCUGUUCCGUGCCCAAGGCCUAUGCUUUGGGCACGGCGACCACAUGUCCCAGAUUGUCUUCAAUUCCAAAACGACCGUCCUGCUGUCCCUGCCAAGACACGUGUUUGGGGGGGGGGCGGUCCUAGAAAAUAUAGUCCCUGAAAUAACAUGGCACCUUCCCCCUUUCAAGAAGGGUGAUUCUGGGGCUGACUCAGGGUUUAGGUGGCCCCUGCUUGGCCUGAAGGUCCCAGGCUGGGCUGUCUCCCCAGGGAGUGCUCUCCCAAGGAGGGGAGGCCAGGGGGGGCCCAGUGCCUGGAGGGUUAGAGGCUCUGCCUGUGCUGUGCAAGUGGAGGUAGGAAAAGGCAGGUCUCGUGUUUGAUCCUCAGCUUCUAGAAAAGUCCUCAAGGCCCUGUCCAACCCAUUCUGCUCUGUAACCCCCAUCCGGGGCCGAGUAGUUUACACCUGUUUUCCCCAUUAGUCUCCGAUCCCUGUUGCAGGCCAGCCUGAGGUUGAGGCCAGGCAGAAUCCCUCAGUUCCCCCGCAAACCCACCCAUGCCCGUGGCCUCGCCUCACGACUGCUCACCUGGGACAGAGAAGCUCUGGCUCCUUUGACUCUGAAAAACAGCCUGAGGAGGCGAGUUGGGAGUCAAGCUACCUUCUGGAUGAAAGCCACCAGAUGAACGGAGCCCCUCUUCCCGGGGAUACCCCAACCCAGACUCAGCAGGGGUUUCUGACUAGCCCAGGGCCUCGGAGCUUCCUAUCUCAGUCCCUCUGGAGUAACUUUGAGAAGGAACCCAGGAAGAAAUGGCUCUCCUGUUUACCCGUCCCACCCGUCAAGGCAAACUGAGGACUGAGACCCUCUGACAACCUUUAAGUGGCCAGAUGUGGCUGCAGUGGGGUCCUUGAUACUGAGCUCCAGCUGGCACUGCCUAAGCAAGGAGGGUGGGCAGGGUACCCCUCUGGCCAGUCCUGCCCCACCAGCCACACAGGCUGAGGCAGGGGCGGGAGGCUGAGGACUGAGUUUUGCACUAUUGAUGCGGUACCAUAAGGCCUCCUCUGGUGGGAAACACAGGCACACGGGUGGCGAUGCAUCUGGCACAAGCAUUUGGAUCCACAUCUCCGCACAAGUGUGAAUACCUCUGCACACACGGGACCCGUCUGUGUGUGCGUGCACAUGGGGGUGGGGAUGUGGAGAAGGCAAUACUUCCGGUAACCAGUCCACCUUGCUCCCACUGUCUGCAUCCUCCUGGCCCACCCUGGCAGUGCCCAGGGAGGAACAAAGGCUGCACUGACCCGGGCCUGGAACUGGCUCCAUACAGCAUCCUGUAAAUAUGUCAUCUGGGGCUCGGGGGGCGGGGGGAGGCAGGACAGGACCAUCAAUUAAAGAUCAUGUCGGGGCUUCCAUGGA